AUGAUUGCAAAUUCCAUACCUCAAAGGCGCAUUCAACUUGCAAUAGUUGGCAUUGUCGCUUUGUCUUUGUUUCUACUUUAUUUUCGACGCGAACUAUCAUCUGCAUCGAAUGAACUGCCAUACUUGAGUGGGGCGAUUGUGCAAAGCGGCUUCUUGGAACAUGUGCAAAACCGAACUUUAGGGGUACUUUUGAAUUUCUUUUCCGCAACUUCUUACUCCUUCCAGAAAAUCUUCGUCCUCAAUCUCCCAUCUCGGACAGAUCAUAAAGACGCCGUCUCCCUAGCUGCUGCCUUGAGCAAUUUACAGCUCGAUUGGAUAGAUGGAGUGAAAGGCGCCGAUGUACUUGAUAAGGUUCUACCUCCAGGAGAUUACCAAAACCCUCCUGAUAGCGUUAAAGGAUGCUGGAGGGCACACAUGAAAGCUCUUCUAACUGUUGUCCAACAAAUUUUUUCCACGGCCCUUAUAAUGGAAGAUGAUAAUUUCGCACUCUCAUCACGCGCUCUUAUACAACCUAUCUCUUCAAAUCCCUCCAAAUACACCGAUCCAACAUUUCCAGCACCGGAACCAGAAGCUCAGAUCCUGAAUAUCUCUCUCGAAAGAGUCCCCAGGACGAUCGAGCCCUCAAGUUCAGCCUAUGGCGAUAAUUGGGAUCUGCUGUGGCUCGGCCACUGCGGCAUGCAAUUCCCCAAGCCCGAUAACAAACCCCCCAACCCGCUCGGUCGUGUUGUAUACUCCAACGACCUCACCGUCCCAGAGAAGCAAUUCAUCCAUUUCCAAUGGGGCUCCGAAGACCUCACUAACGACUAUCCCACCCACACCCGCGUAGUGCACCAUGCCACUGGCGGCGUCUGCUCGCUGGCCUACGCCGUCUCGCAGCGGGGCGCACGCCGCCUGCUGUACGAACUCGGCUUCUGCAAUGGGGCGAAUCGGCGCGUGCAUGGGACGUGUUUGACUGUGCAGCCGCAGUUGUUCCAGCACCAUCGGCCGAGGGGCGCGAGGAAGGGAUUCAGUGAUAUUUCGAACCAUGGGGAGGAUUGGAAUGAGAAGCCUUACUCGAAGCAUAUACAGUGGAGUGUUAGGAAGAAUUUUAGGAAGAUGGUGAUGGGGGAGACGGAUUAUGUGGAUCAGUGGCCGGCUGGGGGGAAGGAUAAUGGGUUGCCUAGUAGAUAG